CAGGAAGUGUUUGAAGCGUCCAUGGAGAUGUUGUCAGGGCUGAAACUCUUUGCAUCUUUCUCUCCCUCUGCCUACAAAAUGUCUGCGUUGAACCACUGACAACUAGUCUGUAUCACCCCAGAGGCUCAUGAGAAAGAGAUCUGAAGUUUGUAAGUAACCAUGACUGCAGCUGCUCUCAUAGGGGACCAGCUGAUCCUUGAAGAGGAUUAUGAUGAGAGCUAUUCACCCUCUGAACAAGAGAUCCAAGAGUACGCAAGAGAGAUUGGCAUUGAUCCCGACAGUGAGCCGGAGCUCCUGUGGCUCGCCAGGGAAGGCAUCGUUGCCCCUCUGCCUCCCGAGUGGAAGCCUUGCCAGGAUGUGACGGGGGACAUCUACUAUUUCAACUUCUCUUCGGGCCAGUCCACCUGGGAUCACCCCUGUGACGAGCACUACCGCCGCCUGGUGUCCCAGGAGCGUGAGCGAGCCCAGCUCACGGCCGCCGCAGGAAGCACAGGGGCGAAGAAGGACAAGAAGAAGAAGAAAGAAAAGAAGGAGAAGAAAGAGAAAAAGAAGAAGGAGCCGCCGCUCAAGACUCCUGGAGCACUGAGUUCAGCCCUGGGACCCCUACCAGCCCCGCUGGGUAGCCUGGCUCCUCUGAGAGGUCUGGAUGCCCCUGGACCAGGUCCACUGCCCGGCUCUGCUCCUCCUCUCCGACGGUCCCUCGGCAGCUCUGGGGGACUGGAGCCCCUAAAGACAUCCCUUGGGGGCCCCCGUGGCAGUGGAGCAACUAGUGUUUUGGGCAGCAGGCAGGAGGAGAGGGUGUCUCUCACUUUGCCUGGCUUUGAUGAUGACGAUGACGAUGAGAAAAUCUCAGAAAAUGAGAGAUUGUCACUUUUUCAGCCGAGUCCUCGUGGUUCAGACCGAUUAUUGAAGAACCUUCAUCUGGACCUGGAUGCCCUCGGAGGAGGCCUGCAGUAUGAGGACAGUGAAGCCAGUGGUGGAGCUCCGGCUGAGGAGAGGACAGAGCCAGAGCUGCAGGACUUGGCCUUAUCUGGAGAUCACAGCCCUGAACCACCGUCCCAACAGGAGUCUGAGGCCAGUGAGAACAUCGAGGAGGCUUCAUCCUCCAUAGAUGUCAAGCUGUCGGAGAAGGUUCGAGACAUCAACGACCUGUCCGGCACUGUAAGUCCACUGGAGGGAGACCACAAAGAGGAAGAGGAGAGUGGAGGGCGGGAAAAGACAAAGAAGGAGGCUGCAAAGAGGCAUUUGCAGGCUGCUGGCAAAGACCACCGUCAAGCUCUGAAAGUUGACCGUCUCGUCCUCCACCAGUCCAGCCCUUCGCCCCUCUCUCAAGCCCGUCCCAGUCAGAGCAAGACGACAGGCUCCGCCUAAAAACUGAAAGC